AUGCCCGCACCCGCGACCCUUCUUACACCAAUAGGUGGCUCGUACUACGUGAUCACAAAGUCUUUGAGUGCCAAAGUAUACCAGGACUUGAUUGACCGAGGCUGGAGACGAUCUGGUAACCUCAUCUACAAGCCGGAUGUAUAUCGAUCAUGCUGCCCUCAUUACACCAUCAGGCUGCCUGCAAAGUCGCUUGCCGCAAACACCAACCAACGAAAAGCUCUAAAUAGCUGGAACAAGUUAGUGCUUGGAGAGGAGUACAUCAAGGAGACCACCAAGCGUUUCCCCAAGACCAAGGAAGAGAAAGCUCGUCAGAGAAAUGGCUUCGACUUGCUGCACACAGUCCACGAAGCAGAAAUCGACCAACUGAAGCCUGUUGCACCAGCUCAUCGCUUCGAGGUCACUCUAGAGCCCGACACUUGUACCGAAGAGAAGUUCCAGCUCUACAAAGACUACCAGAUCCAUGUGCAUCACGACGAGCCCGAAGAAGUCUCAAAGAAAGGUUUCGAGCGUUUCCUCUGCAAAUCUCCGAUAGCUCGGGAGACAGUAAAGAAAGAUGGCAAAGAACAACGUCUGGGAUCAUAUCACCAAUGCUAUCGACUCGACGGCCGACUUAUCGCCAUUGGAGUUCUUGACCUCUUGCCACAUGCAGUCAGUGGAGUCUACUUCAUUUACCAUCAAGACUUCGAAAAGUGGAGUUUCGGCAAACUCAGCGCGAUGAGAGAAGCAGCGCUUGCACUUGAGGGCGGCUACGAGUUCUACUACAUGGGCUACUAUAUCCACAGCUGCGUCAAGAUGCGCUACAAGGGCGACUACAAACCACAAUAUGUGCUGGAUCCCGAGACUUACGAAUGGAAUCCGUUAGAGGGAGAAGUGCGCGAGUUGAUGGCGCAGCAGAAAUACGUUUCGUUGUCACGCGAGCGUAGUCACAAGAAGGGCGAAGAAGGCAUUCCUUAUCUGCUAGAUACUCCGGUGGAAGUGGCUGCCAAUCCUGAGGAUCUCUUCCAAUGGAAUAUGCCUGGAAUGAUGAGUGCUGCAGAUGUUGAGGCACAAGUGGACCUCGACAAGAUGCGCAUCCAUAUCAGUAAAGGAAUGACGGUACAUACAGAAGACCUUGUGGCAUGGGAAAGUGGCGAUAUCGAAGAUGCGAACUCAAUCAAAGGAGUCGUUGGCAGAUAUGCAGCAAUGGUCGGCCCUGAAGUCGCCAAGGUAGCUAUCCUAGAUUUCUCUGGACACUAA